AAUAGCGUGCUGAGCGGUCGCAAAUCGCGCACGAGUAUUAAAGAAAGGAAAAAAUAAACUGAAGAAGAAAUAAACCAUAUACACCAGAGUGAAAUCCCCCGAAAAAAUCUAGAUAAAAGAAGCAUACUACAUUACGUAUAAAAACAAACAAAGGAAUUCUUGAAGUAUCCAAAGAUCGCAUUGAAAAUCUUCAUUCAUAAUUGCCCAAAGACGUUUAAUUGCAUUAAAUUAACUGCAAAAUGAGUGACCUAGAGCAUAUUACACUGGAUAUGGAUAAGCUUCCGCUGGAAAAUGAUAAAACUUUGACGAGAAACAAAGAAAAUGAAAACAAUCACAGAAACGGCGAUGCAAUGGACGUACGUAAUAAUCUUCGAGUUCCCAGAGCAGAUGGGAACGAUAAUCCUGGAGUGGAUGAUGGUCUUCUGGAAGAUGGCGAUAAACGCAGGGGCGGAAAUGGAGGUGGUGGUGUCAAUGUCCUCGUGCCAAAUGGAGGCAGGCGACCCAGUUUCUCCUUUCCGGGAUAUAAUGGUCCAGGUUUCGUGACAAUCAACGGAGUUGAGACACCCAUACCCGAUGUGAAUGCCUACCAGCACAAGAAAACCCUGGCCCAGGGAAUGAUGGACCUGGCAUUACUGUCUGCGAAUGCAAAUCAGUUGCGAUAUGUUUUGGAGACGAGUUCGCAGCACCCAUACUUUUAUCCCAGUCUGCUGUUCAUCUCACUUAGCAUUAUAUUCCAGAUUGCUGUGGGCGUGGGCCUUAUAUUAAAUGGCCAGUACAACAUCAAAAACGAGCACGAUAUCUGCCGGGCGAACAGAAUCAACAAUUAUACAGUCAUCGGCAUUUUUAUAGUCACGGUGGUCAAUGUUCUUAUAUCGGCCUUUACCGUUGCAGAUCCAGAUACGACCGCUGUAGCUAUAACUGGCAAUGGCACAUAGAUCAGCAUAUAUUUAGAUUAGAAUGUAGUAUUAUGAGCAUAUCGUAUCGUUAGGCAAUUCUCACAGCCACACUUGUUCAGUCUUUGUUGAAAUUCACUCGCCUCAUUUUUUUAAAUAUAAAAAUAUAUUGUGAUAAAAUAAUAAAAUCCCACGACCAUUUUACACCUUGUUUAAAAUCAA